UUAUAACACAAGCGUUCAAACUACGCUGACCAUAUUAGCGGGGAAUACAAAAUGAUGUCGGAGGAGAAAAAGUUGUGAAAACGGAAUAGAAUGUCUUCAUGUGCUAGCUCGGCACAAAAGAAGCUAAGUUCCAGUCUGAAAGAGAGGCUAAAGAGAUGUGGGCGUUACCAUUCUUCUCCCAUUGGUCCUCCGACAAAGAAACGCAUCUAUUACCCAGAUAGCACCUUACCACAAACACCUGUAUCAACAGAAACCAACGCAAAGGGAGACAAUCGUCAAGACAAUCUUUUAUCUCCAGUAAGGUUGGCUGCAGGGUUUACUGAUGAGGCAAUGGGAACAAGUUAUGGCCCAAGUUCUACACCACUGAGGUCAGAAAAAUUGAAAAUUGAUUCUACAACCUCUGCAAAAAGCGAAAACAUCAGCGCAUUUACAUCUCCAUCUGAAUGUUCAAACAUGGUGAAUAUUUCCAAAGCAACCUAUAGAAAACAUGCUCUUAAAACACCUACUGUAGAUUCAAGCUUGUCACCAGAGACUAGAGACACAACAAGUAAUGAGAUAAGUAGAACAAUUUCUAUAAUAGCUAGCCCAAUUGCAUCUGAUGGGAUCAACAGCUAUAAUAAAAGACAAUCGCAGGGAGUCAGGCAAGUAGAACUCUGUUCGUUAACACCGGAUACAACACAUCUUGUACAGAAAAACAUCACAAAAGAUGUAAGCGGACAUAAAAUAAUAUCUGAACAAAGAUAUGAAAGGACGCCUAUCCGGUCUAGAAAUGUGUCAUCAUGUAAACCAAGCAGGUUACAUUUCUCUGGUAUGUCUGAUAGCAGUUAUAUAGACAAUGAUACCGAGGGUUCUUCAGCUGCUUGUAAACCGACAGAGCAAGUUGGAUUCCAAAUCACAUCUGCAAAAGAGACAAAUAGUAGAGCCAAGUCUAUUUCUACUGAUGAUACAGAAAUGCUUCAGGAAAAAUAUGAUAGACUGAAAAAUACAUUGACAGAGAAGGAAGAAGAACUGCGGAAAUUAAACAUGGUCAAAAUGUACAGAACUAAGAAUGACCUGGACAGCCUGGGUGUGUUGGUCAGUAAAUGGCGGAUGACCAGUCAACAAGCUUUGAUUGUCCUACACAACAAACUUCAGGAUCCUAAACCCUCUCUCACACAACUCAUUGACCAUCUACAGAUUGAGCAUUCUCUUGUCCAUUUCAACCCAGAGGAUGAAACUUUCCUAGUUGAAUCAUAAGUUUAACUAUUUAGUAAUGAUUAAUGAUAUAUUCUUCGGGAUGAAAAAAUUUGAAUACACUAAUCUAAAUUGAUAUUUUGUGUAUUUGAGCACACAAUCAUAUUGUGUUGAAUUUGUUUUGCUGGUCACUCACUUAAGGUGUUGACAAAAAUUCUCUAGAAUAACCAAAGCAAAAGCAAUCUCCAGAUAUACAUUUUUGUAAACUUGAAGAAAAUAUCAUGUUCUGCUAUAAAAUACAAUAUUUAUUUUUCAGAUUUGUUUAUAAACAUUAAAGUAAAAAACAUUAAAAAAUAUUUUGGUAUUGAAAAAUGACCAAGAGUGUUUGAAAAGGAGUUCUUCUUUACAUACUUUUUUGUUUUGUUAGCUUGUUUACAUCCUGUAAAAUCUGUUUCUAUUUAUUAAAGUUUUAUUACUUCAUUACAGAAUUUUUUUCUGUGCUCUUUACGAUAUUCAUUGUCAGAUGAAUACCAGGUGCUACACACCUGUGACGAACGGACUUACCCCAACAUUUUUCAACCCAAGGCCAUUACAUGGUAAAGGAUUUUUUAAAGUGCAGUCAAAAUAUUUCGCAGCUCAAGUCCAGAAUACAUUGUUUGAGGAUCCCUGUCCCACUGCA